AUGGCAGGCACUAAUAUAAGCACUGCAGAUGCUUUUAUAGAUCAGUAUGUCAUCAAAGCAGAACUGGAUGCAGGGAAUAUUGCAAAGUUGAUGGUAGUAAUACUGAUCACUCUGUUAUCUGUAUAUGUAAACUGUGUCAUGCUCCAUGUUCUUAGGAGCAAGCGUAUUUUUAAAGAAUCUCCACGCUACAUUCUGUUUGCCCACAUGCUUUUCAAUGACUCUGUUCAACUCAUUCUCACCUCUGUAAUAUGUAUAUUUGCCCUGGUCUUCUUUAAGAUCACUAAAGCCGUCUGUUCGCUCCUCAUCUUUCUGUCUGUUGCAACAUUUCGCAACGCACCUUUUAACCUGGCUGUGAUGUCAAUGGAGCGUUAUGUGGCCGUAUGUUUUCCUCUAAGACACGCUGAAAUAGCCACUCAGAAAAGGACUUACAUUGUUAUUUGCUUUAUUUGGUUUUUUGGCUCUGUGAACAUUUUGACUGACAUUUUUUUUGCAGCAGUGAUGGAUCCUAACUUCUUCUACAUGCAGAUUUAUUGUGCUCGUGAGCAGAUCUUCAUAAAACCAUGGCAGCUUGAUGUGUACAAUGGCUUUAACGUGUUUCACUUUGUAUUAGUAACAGUCAUCAUCAUCUUCACAUACAUCAGCAUUAUGAUCGUAGCCAGGUCUGUAUCCUCCAAUAAAGACUCUGCUAAGAAAGCCCACAGGACUGUGCUGCUGCACCUCAUUCAGUUGGGCCUGUGUCUCACCUCUUUCCUGUAUGGCACACUAGAGCGCACACUUAUAAUGACAAGUAGUAGCAACUUUAUCAUUCUUCACCUGCGCUAUCUGAACUACAUAUUUGUCCUGAUUUUGCCCCGCUGCCUGAGCCCAAUCAUCUAUGGGCUGAGAGAUGAGGCUGUGCGACCCUUGUUCACAUACUACUUUUUCCACCACUCAAGAAAGUUCCACACCACUGUGAACAUAAAGUGA